AUGAAUAAUAUAAGAGUGUUUAAAUUUAGUUUGAAAGUUUUCAUUGAAAGAGUAGUCAUUGCAAUCAAUUUUCCUUGCAAACUCUAAGUAGCCUGGAAAAGAGGAAAAUAAAAAUUAGAAAGCAAACAAUCGGAUUUGAAUGUGAAUGUUGCUAAUUUUAAUGAGGAAUUAGAAAUGAAUUCAAACAUGUAUUUUCAGGAUAAUCAAUUCAAAGAAAAGAAAUGCUUAUUUACAAUUACUCUUCUAUCAUAAAAGGGUAAUAAAGUAGCAGGGUAAGUGUCUGUAGACAUUUCAUCAUAUUUGAAUAGAAAAUUAGAAAAUAUAAGAGAAGAACUAAAGUUGGAUAAAUGUCCAGAUAGACAUGCAAAAAUUCAUAUAAGAUUCCAAUUCAAAUGUCUUGAAGAAUUGGAUAUUGACUAAUUGAGCAGAAUAUCAUUUGCUUCUAAUAUGGAUUAAGAAGAUCAAUAAAAUACUAUUUAGAGUUCAGCUUCUUAAAUAACACAGAAUGAUAGUGGAAAUAUACAAAAUGAAAAAUAAUCUUAACAAAAUUAAUAUCAACAGCAAGCUCUCUAUACAGAAUCGGAUAUGGAUGAAAUUAGGACAUUAUUAAGCCAAGAAAUGAAAAAAGUAUAGCAAAAAGAUAGUCUGAUAUCAUAGUUAGAGUAGAGUCUUGAAACUAAGUAAGAAUAAUUGGCAGAUACAAAAUAAUAGUUAGAAGCAACAAAAUAAAAACUUUAUGAGACUUUGGAUAAAUUAUAAAACUAUGAGGAAUCAAUUUCUAGUCAUGACGAUUUUAGGAAAAAUUUAGACAACAGAGUAAAGUAAUUGGAGAUUUAAAAUAAAUAAUUGCAGUAAUAAAUUAUUGAGUUUAAUGAACAAUUAAAAUUAAAACAAUAAUUAGUAGCUUAAUCUGAUUAGAAGUUAUCAAAUGCUCUUGGUUAAAUGUAAGUAAUGAAGCAAAGAAUAAGCCAAUAUGAAGAAUUGGAAUAAUAGUAAUAAAAUAGAAAAUCAGCUGGGAAUAAUAAAGACAUGGAAUUAAUGUAAAAAAAAAUAAAUGAUUUAGAAAAAUAAAUUUAAAGAGAAUAAAAAAAACAAGAAUAAGAUUAUGCCUUAUAUUAAGUUCAAUUAAAAAAUGUCUAGGCUUAGUUAGUCGAUAAAACAGAUUUAAUAAAUAAAUUACAAAAAGAUUAGGAUUUUGACAAUAAAGAUGCUUCUUAAAUUUCACAAUUAAGAAAAUAAUUAACAUAAUAUUAAUCAAAUGAAGAAUAGUUUAAUAAAGUAUUAAAUUAAUAUAAAGACUAAGUACAAAAAGCCAUUUAAAAUGAAAUCAAACUAAAAUAAUAACAAUCAGAAGAAAAGGAAAGAUAUAAUGAUCAGAUAAUCAAAUUGAAAUGCUAACUAGGAGAUAUCUUCAAUACAGCAUAUGAUAUUGGAGGAAAUAAACUUGUGGAUCGUUUAUAAUAGGCAGUAGGCCUAUCAUGA